AUGGCUGGCGAUAUAAUCCUUGUGGCUGCUGUUUCUCUGCUUUCUGCUUGUCAGCAAGCUUACUUUGCGAAAAUGGUAGGAAAAUCCAGAAUAAAACACAAAAUAACGCCGCCAGCAGUGACCGGCCAUGCAGAAUUCGAGAGAACAUUCAGAGCGCAGCAGAACUGUAUUGAGUUUUACCCAGUGUUCUUGGUUGAUCUUUGGACUGCAGGAUGGCUAUUUAACCAAGAACUGGCUGCAGUGUUUGGCUUGCUGUACAUCUACGGCCGUCACAAAUACUUUUGGGGUUAUGUAGAGUCUGCCAGAGGAAGGUUAAAAGGAUUCUCCACAUGUGUGACAGCUCUAGUCUCUCUGCUAGUAAUGGCGUCAACUGGUACUAUUUGUGGCUUGUUAGACAAAUACUUAGAUUUUAACAUCGCAAAUAAAAUAAAUGACUUGGUUCACUGAUGACAGAACAUGGAAUCUAUGAGUUAUACAAUUUAUGUUCAGAUGAUUUCAGUCAUUUUGAAUAUAUUAUUCUAAUAGCGUUGCUGUAUGCCAGAUGGCAUUUUUAAAUAUGCGCCUUGUGUAAAAGACCAUUGCAUAAUCAACACAAAACUUAAUCAUUAUUAGUUCAUUUACAGUUUCAAGGUAAAUAAAAUAUUUCCUAUUCAA